CAUUCUGCGAACUAAAGAUGGUCAUCAUUGCGAGGGGGACGAUUUCUUUUGUUGAUGAACAGUCCAUUUGAAAGCCGAAAGUAUAAGAGUUAUUAACAGAAAAGGUUUUGCGGUAGAAAGAAAGUGGCUUUCAAUUUUGAAGAGAUCAUUGAAUGGAAGCUCAAGAGAGUGACAGAUGGCGACAAUUUUGCAUGCAGUACGCAAAGUCAGUCGCUUUCAAAUUUGUGGAAAGUUGGCAUCAGUAUUCGACGAGUAUUGGUAUCGCUCAAAACAACGUCUCCGUUUCAGAUAUCGUUCAGCAAUUUACCCAUACAUUAAGUGAAGAACUGACGGAAAGGCUGACAACCCCAAACGUCAUUCUUCCUGUAACUACCUUUCUUCAAGCUAAUGUUUUAUCCAACCGUACAGCUGCUGAUAGCGUCAACUACCGUGACCGUUCAAGAGGUUGGAGAUCUCUGAACGAAUAUGAGCGACCAGCAAGCAUAGCCGACAUCACCUGGUUGUCACGAUCAAGGUCUGAGAUGGCCUCAAGAGAACGCAGUAUUCUGGUAGAUUCAAUGACUCAACAUCAACCGACACCCUCUAAUUCCAGUCGGCCAUCAACCAAGCGACUUUCUUGGUUUCGGUCACAUUUUCAUGCUAAAACAACGGUUGAGUUGAUUCGUGAGGGCAGUGUAAGAUAUAUGAGUGGUUUGGAACUUGAAACGAAGCAGUGGCGAAAAUGCAGGCUAUGUCUUGUGAAAACGGCUGGAGGAUAUUUGUUGGAGUUUUAUUCACCACCCAAAAGCAGUCGAGCGAAAUCGGGCAUUUUUUGCUUGCUGAUAAUGGAAAUCAGGGAAACAACACCGCUAGAAUUUGAGGAAGGAAAUGAAUCGAUAUUUGCUAUCCGGGGAUAUAACGAUGUGGAAUAUGUGAUCGAGGCAAGAAAUCCGGAUGACUGUCAACAGUGGUUAGCUGUGAUACGAGGUUGCGUGUCGGAGAACGACGCUAAUUCUACUCAUAGAUUCGUUCGACAACCGUCUGCACCACCAGUUGGCUCCAGCUUUCUUCGUAAUCGACAAUUUUUUUCGACACGGUCAUUAAACAAUGUGCAUUCGAUGUCAUCAACGGGGAUGGAAACGCGAAUCCCCAUCAGAACAGUACGCGGUUCUACACCGGGAUUGGAAAUCUAUCCAUGGUUUCAUGCGCGUUUAUCCCGCACUGUAAGUGCGCGAUUAGUGCUUCACAAUGGAGUUGAUGGACAUGGUUUAUUUCUUGUACGUCAAAGCGAAACACGCCCUGGCGAAUUUGUAUUGACAUUCAACUGUCAAGGCAAAGCUAAGCACGUACGGAUCGUGAUGAUGCCUGAUGGGGAGUGUCGCAUUCAUCAGAUGAUUUUUGAGACAAUGAUUGAUCUCCUGGAAUAUUUCCGAGACAAUCCGAUACCUCUCGAAAGUUGGCGUCGGCGAUCAUUAGCAUCGCUUGAUUUAGAUGUUCGAGAUUUUUUGACGUAUGCUGGUUCGGUUCGAUUAGAUAUUCGGGCACUAGAAGACCUUGUACGACACGAACAACAUGAUCGUCAGCAUCGGAGCACAGCACUUAGUAAUACCUAUCGUUACCAGUAAAUAAUGGCUAUCAUAUUGUCAUGAACCCGAUGCCAGUCCGAUA